AUGCCCCCAAGAAGAAGAUUUGAUAAAAAGAACGCUAAGACGUUCAGUGUGGUUCACAGAGCUCAUGAUGAUGCAUUAUUUUACGAUGAAGAUGCAUCUGCACAUGUUUUAGUGCCGGUUUCUCAGAAGCAAGCAUCUCAGAAAAGUUCAUAUACAGCUCAAGAUUUAAAGCUGAAGUUAACAAAAGAAGAAUUAGAUACCGUCAGAGAGAAUGAAGGGUUAGCUGCUCAAUAUGGUAUCUUCUUCGAUGAUUCCAAAUAUGAUUAUAUGCAACAUUUAAAGCCUAUUGGUGAAAGUCAAGAUGCUGUAUUUAUAAGUGCAAAGGAUCAAGUUCAAUCAAAACCUAAAACUAAUAUAGAGGAUCUUUUUAAAGAUCAACUACCUUCUGAAGACAAAAUAAAGCCAAGUGCCGAUUAUACUGAGAAUAUACCAAAAGAAUUACAAGGAUUUAAUCCAAAUAUGGAUCCAAGAUUAAGAGAAGUUCUUGAAGCUUUGGAUGAUGAAGCAUACUUAGAAGAAACAGAAGAUGGUGUAGAUUUAGAUGAUAUUCUUAAGUCUGGAGGUGUAGAUAACGAAAGUGAUUAUUAUGAAUACCUGGACGAAGAUUAUGAUGAAUGGGAUUUGGAUAAUUAUGAAGAAGAAUAUGAUGAAAAAUAUGGAGAAGAAAGUGCAGAUGCGCUUUAUAAUGAAGGAGAAGCACCAUCAGAAUUGAAAGGAGAAAAUAUCGUCGUAGAUAAUCAAUGGCAAAAUGACUUUAUGAAAUUUAAAAAACAAAGUAAGAAUGAUAAGAAUGACUGGGACUCUGAUGAUGAUUUUGGAAGUGAAAAUGAGAAUGAGAAAGAAGUUGAAGAGGAAGAUAAAUUAGCCGAGUUACCACAAAUACAGCCCAAAAAGAAAUCGGGAACUAAAGCCAGAAAGAAGAAGGGGGCAAUGACUGAUACUACAUCAUUCUCCAUGUCAUCUUCUGCAUUAUUCAGAACAGAAGGAUUGACAUUACUUGAUGAUCGUUACGAACAAUAUUCUAAACGUUAUUCAAAAGAUGAAGAAAAAGUUCCAGAAAAGUUUGAUAUGACUAAAGAAAGAGGAGAUUUCGAAGACAUGUUAGAUGAUUUCCUUGAUAAUUAUGAACUUGAAAGUGGUGGAAGAAAACUAGCAAAGAAAAAUGAAGAAGCAACGAAAUUGAAAGAAGCUGCUCAAUCUGUUUCUCGUAGUACAAAGACAGCCAAAAAGAAGGACAUAAAUUCAGCAUUUUCAAAAUUACAGAUUUAG